GGGGGAAUAGGAGACUUAAACGAGGUCAAUUAUCAGACUUAUCUGAAAGCAGAGGAUGCACAACACAUCUGGCAGCAGCUGGAUGUCAUAGUGUGUGUCAGAGAGAGAGCAGGAGGGCGUGCGUUGGGGUGUAAAGAUAACGACAGCUCUUCCACAAAUAAGGAGUUUUUAAACUCAGCACUGGACCUGCAACACUCUCCUCCUCAUUAUAUUACAGCUGCGAGGCGAGGGUGGAGAGAGCAUCAGAGGAAAUCAGAGCGAGAGAGAGAGAGGGGAAGAAAUAAGGAGAAAAGACCGGGGCAGUGACAGAGAGGAGAGGCGAGAGGAGCAUCUGGUAUUCAAUAAGAUCGGAGAGGGACUUCCUGCUGAGAGCUGAAGCAUCAUCAUCAUCUCAAACUUAUUGGACUUGUGGUCACUCUCACACUGACUGUCACAGGACAAAAAGGCUGCUUUCUUCAGGCCUUCAGUUAAAGGGGACGUGUCUGUCUGCUCAUCAUGGCCCCUCCCUCUCUGUUGAUGCUGCUGAUGGUGGUUGCCUUGGCAACUGGGGCCCGUUCAGCCAGCGAGGAGAAUGAACUGGAUUAUGGGUACUGGAACUACAGAGAGGGAGCUGACAGUGUGAAUGUGGCCUCAGUGCGCAGUGUGACCAGAGUUUUAGACGCAUGGGGGAAACGCAUCUUCCGUGAGAUCAAGACUCUACUGCACUCCCAGCCCAGCGCACUGCUGCCUGACUACUCCAGGGUGCGCCCUCUGUCCGAGUCCGUCAACGACCUGUUCAGAGAAGUCUCCCUACUGCGCAGGCGCAUCAGCGAGCUCUCUCAUCGCCUAGCAACGCUGGAACCGUUCCUCCGUCACCACGGCUACCGGGAGAUGAAGGAGGAGGAGGAGGAGGAGGAGGAGGAUGGAGGCGGAGGCCGGGUACCGGUACCUCAGAGCCUGAGAGGAGAGGUGGCGAGUCUGGCCCGGUACACCCCGAGGAGGACACCGGGGACCCCGGGGAGGCCGAGUCCACCGAGGGGGAGCCAGAGCCGGGUGGUGAGGAGGAGACGGGUGAGAGUCCUGAACAGAGGGGGAGUGAAGAUGGUUCAGAGAGAGAGAGACACACAAUGAUGGAGGGGAGGAGAAAGUUAACACAGAAAUAUGAUAUCAAACUUUUAACUGUAUAGAUUUUCAUUUUUUGUAAAAAUAACAUAUUAUAGACAUAUUAUUAGACACUCUGAGAUCAGAGAUGAUGAUUAAAGUUUGUAUUAGUCAUUAAAUAACUCUUAUCUUUAAUAAAUUCUUUUUAUGAUUAUCACUA